CAUGUGAAAGUGUCUGUCGAGGAGGAGGACGUAACACCGAAUGACAACGAAAGUGAAGACAGCAGUUACUCUAAAGGGAAAAAUGAAGGUGGAGUAGCUGAUUCUGCUGAUGUUUUGGGUCACCAGACACCACCUACAGCAUGUCAACUCUCAGAGGAUAUUAACUUGAGGAAAUCAGCAGAAUUUCCAUCUGUAGAAUUGGUUUCUGUUGGCGAAUCUCCUGUGGCUGCUGCUGAACCAGGUCCUAUUCAGACUGCUGUGAGGGCAGAAAAGGAUUCGCCGGCACCGCCCGAGAUAGAUACACACUCAGUCGACGGUCUACGUGAGGAAGGCUUUGGUGGACAGCCGGCCGAAGGGAUGCCAACUGCCCUACAGACGGGCGAAAUAGACAAGACGUCGCCGCCAUCGCUUGCCGCUGGUGAAAGUGUUGUGAAAGACGUGUUAAAUGCCGCAGACGACACAAGUAAUCAUCCAAGACUUAGUGAUGCAGCAGACACAAUGGCAGAUAUCGGAUGCAGACUGACCUCAGGAGAGACUGCUUAUGCUGAUUUAUCCGACGUUUGCGCUUCUGGAAGUCUUGCCUCGCCAGUCGAAAGGUCUUCCAAAGAGGGCCUUUCGGAGCACAUGGAAGUUCUUGACAAAGCUGAAAUACCAUUAAGCGAAUCGGGCGAUAAGUCACUUGAAACUGCUGAGGAGUCGCAAUCGGUCACGAACUAUGGUCAAGACUUACCUCGUCAGAAAGAUUCGGAGGCCCUGAAAGCGCAAACGCUUUACCCCGAAAGCUCCCUAACCAUAACAUCGGAUGCUGUUCCGACGGAUUCUGCAGAUUUGGAAAAGAAAGAUAAGAUUGACCAAAGAGAUUCCGUGGCCAAAGGAGAUGAGAAUGCGGCAGUGGCUCUAAAACCUGAG